CCAGAUAAUCGAUGUUAUUCACUUGCUACUGCUCACCUGUGGUACCAGCCCUGGAACACUUCCAGCUGCUCACUUGUGGUACCAACCAGGGGCAGGGACUGACAACUCAUCGGGCCCCAGGCAAUAGGAAAUCAUGGGGCCCCUGUGUCCUCACCCACACUCAAAAAAGCAUAUGAAAGGUACCAGGGGCAUCUCAUGGGGCCCCCUACUGACCCCGGGCCCUCGGGCAGUGCCCGAGUGCCUAAAUGGUCAGUCUGCCCCUGGU